AUGGAUGACUCAACUCUUAUAGAAACAUCCGCAGUGGUGCUUUUUGUGUUUACUCUUCUGUUCUCAUACGCGUAUAAAGUUAUUAUUCCAUAUAUGAAAGGGUAUACUUAUAUAAAGUGCUUAACUGGUGGGUUUAUAAUAGGGAUUAUACUCAUAGAAGUACUACCAGAUAUAUAUAAGACAGAGAGUAAGAUACCAAUCAUUGCAACUGGUCUCUCAUUCUUCCUUUUAUUUGCAAUAAGUAAGUUAUACAUAGAACGGGUAGAUGCGGUAGAGCAGGAUUCCAUACCAGACGGAGCAAGCAAGCAAGAAGCACUUGUGUUUAUUUUAGCAUUAAGUUUGCACUCGUUCAUGGAGGGACUGGGGGUUUCAAGCAAGAAGGGAUCUCAGCUAGUUUUGUACAUUAUAAGUAUAUUAGUGCAUAAAUGGCUAGAGGCAAUUGUAUUGGGUGCUUCUGUUCUUACCUCUAAACUUUCCAGUUCUGUGUGUUUUACUUUAAUAUUAAUAUACUCCUCACUCACAUCGAUUGGUUCACUUAUAGGAAGAUCAGUAUCCACGGACAGCACCAAUAGCACACUUACACUAAUACUGAAUGGUGUGGCUGCAGGGAGCUUUUUCUAUAUUGGAUUUGUAGAGAUGGUUGGAAACGAAUUUGAAACAUCAUCAGGAAAAUUAACUCGUAGAAAGACAUUCAAGAAGAUCCUUUCAAUGUUCAUUGGUUUCUCUUUCAUCACAUCAGUAAUACUUGGCGCGCAUGCAAUCGAGGGGCACGGUAGUUAA